CGACAUCCCUUGUCCUGUCCCAACGCGGAAACGUUGAAUAUUUGUUGUGAUAACAUGUACACACUUAUUCAAAUACUUCGUUUCUUCACGUUUACAAUAAAUCGUAUCCGAGAUGGCUCUACAAAAUGACAUUUGAAAAUGGAGACGUCUACGAGGGGUUUAGGGCGCAUUCAGUGUGAAUUUGCGUUGAUCUUAGUGCGCUGGAUCUCACCAGACGAGCACAGUAACUUCAACCGAUACAGCCUACACAACCCACGGCCAGCAAUGAUGCGCUGGCGACGGGAUUUCUGCCUGUGGCUGCUACUCUCUCUCGGCGGAAUGGCUUUACAGUGUGAAGGAGGCAGCUCGGUCACUCUCCCCGAGUCUCUGCUCUUUGUUUCUACCUUGGAUGGGAGUCUACAUGCUGUUAGCAAACAAACAGGGGACAUCAAGUGGUCUCUCAAAGAAGAUCCCAUCAUCCAGGUUCCAGUGUUUCUGCCAGAGCCAGGUUUCCUCCCUGACCCCAGUGAUGGCAGUCUUUAUGUACUAGGAGGCAAACACAAAGAAGGUCUUAUGAAAUUGCCCUUCACUAUUCCAGAGCUGGUCCACUCAUCCCCUUGUAGGAGCUCAGAUGGAAUGCUCUACACAGGUAAAAAACAAGACACGUGGUUUGUUGUGGAUCCUCAGACGGGCGAGAAGCAGACGAGUUUGACCACGGCCUCAUCCGACUCCAUCUGCCCUUCAGCUCCCCUGCUCUACAUCGGUCGCACAGAGUACAUGAUCACCAUGUACGACACGAAGACGCAGGAACUGCGCUGGAAUGCAACAUAUAAUGACUAUUCUGCUUCACUGUAUGAUGAUCAGAAGUAUGAGUACAAGAUGUCCCACUUUGCAUCCAGCAGCGACGGACUGGUGGUGACGGUGGACCGUGACUCGGGCGACGUGCUGUGGAUGCAGAGGUUCGAUUCGCCCGUGGCCGGCCUCUACCUCUGGACGCAGGACAGCCUAUGGCGGUUGCCGCACCAGACCGUAGCCACGGAGACGCUGCGCUACCUCAUGUUCAUGGCACAAAGCACGCAGUCGCACACGAUGCGAUGGAGCUACCAGUUCACGCAGGAACAGCACAGCACCAAGACGCAGCUGGUUCCCAGUCUGUAUGUUGGGAAGAUGGACUCUCACCUUUAUGCCUCCACCUCCCUCGUGCAUGAAGGAGUAGCCGUAGUGCCCCACGGCCUCACCCUCCCGCGCAUCGAAGGGCCAGUCACGGAGGGCGUCACAGUGGGAAGUGGGCGGGGAGAGUGUGAGAUCACGCCCAGCACUGAUGUCAAGUACCCACCAGGAAGCACCAAUCCCCUGCAGAACCAGUGGCUCUUGAUAGGCCAUCAUGAGGUCCCUCCUCUGGCUCAUACCACCAUGUUAAGAGACUUCCCAGACAACCUGCAGCGUUCUGGUGAGGUCAUACCUCCUCGCAGAUCGACAUCUUCAUACCGAUCAGGACCUAGCACUCUGCCACCAGUAACCCAUCAGAGCUCUUCUCCUGUGUUGCCCGAAUCCUUGACCUCUGACCCUAUGACCUUGGUGGGGUUGACACUGCUGCUGGGGGCCUGGCUGGCCUUCCUCCUCUCCUACAUGCGACAAUUCAGCAAAGCCCAGAGAUCCGAGGAACAAGUGGAUUCUAGAGCCCCGACCGAUCAGACCAAUCCUAUUACUUCCCCAGAAACCGACAUAGUCCCCUCGUCAACUUACAGUAGCAGCAACCACUCAGAUUCAAGUGGCCUGGUCUUGUCCAAUCAAACUACACAUCUGGCAGGCUCUCAAGACCACAGCCCCACCUCCUCAGCAUCCUGCCAUUCAGGGAAUGAACAUCCCGAAGUGCUGAACAUUGGAAAGAUUUCCUUCAGUCCUGCUGAGGUGCUUGGACACGGGACAGCAGGAACGUUUGUGUUCCGGGGUCACUUUGAUGGUCGGCGUGUGGCAGUGAAGCGUAUCUUGCCAGAGUGUAUGGAGUUUGCCGAGAGAGAAGUGCAGCUACUGCGGGAGUCAGACGAGCACCCCAACGUCAUCCGCUACUUCUGCACUGAGCGCGACCGCCAGUUCACUUACAUCGCCAUAGAGCUGUGUGCUGCCACGCUCCAGCAGUAUAUUGAGGACCCCAACUAUCCUUAUUCCUCCCUGGACUCAGUGACUCUGCUGGAACAGACCAUGAGUGGCCUGAGUCACCUGCAUUCCCUCAACAUUGUUCACAGAGAUUUGAAGCCACGCAACAUCCUGCUCUCCGUUCCGGGAGCACUCGGUCGAGUGCGGGCCGUGAUCUCGGAUUUCGGCCUGUGCAAAAAGCUUCCGGACGGCCGCCACAGCUUUAGCCUGCGUUCGGGAAUCCCAGGCACCGAGGGCUGGAUCGCUCCCGAGCUUCUUGUCAACGCUCCAAAGGGAAACCCUACGAGUGCAGUGGAUGUGUUCUCGGCUGGCUGUGUGUUUUAUUAUGUGGUAUCAAGAGGGCGGCACCCAUUCGGGGACACACUGAGGCGUCAAGCAAACAUUCUCUCUGGGGCCUACAGCCUGGACCACUUCAUGGAGGACAUACAUGAGGAUGUGAUUGGCAGAGAUCUGAUCGAGACAAUGAUCAGUGCAGAGCCAGAGUCCCGCCCAUGCACAGCCUCCAUUUUAAAACAUCCAUUUUUCUGGAGCCCGGAGAAACAGCUGCAAUUCUUUCAGGAUGUCAGUGAUCGUAUAGAGAAGGAGCCAACAGACAGUGCUAUUGUGGUGCGCCUGGAGACGUCAGGUAGAUCAGUGGUCAGAACCAACUGGAGGAUGCACAUCUCAGCGCCCCUACAGGCGGAUCUGAGGAAAUUUCGCACAUAUAAAGGGAACUCUGUCAGAGAUCUACUCAGAGCUAUGAGAAAUAAAAAACAUCAUUACCAUGAGCUCCCCCCAGAGGUUCAAACAGCACUUGGUGAAGUCCCAGAAGGCUUUGUAGCGUACUUCACCUCCCGUUUCCCAAGGUUACUGCUGCACACGCACUCUGCACUGAGCGUCUGUGCCCCAGAGAGACUUUUCCAUCCUUACUACAACCACUGAAUACGCAGGCUCCACCGUGUCUGACCUACGUCACGUGUGGACGAACUCGCUCAGGCUACGAGUGCGGAAGACAGGGAAAGUCUCGCUUACGAAACUGAACAAUAACCUUUGCCUUCAGCCAGGAUUCUGGAUUGCAAGAUUGUAUGUAUACAUUUGAGUGAGUCUUCACUCUCCGCAAGCAAGCACUGGAUCAGCUAAAACGUUACUGCCUCCUGUGAAACUACUGCGACAAUCCUCAGACUCAUGCCCAACGUGAACGACUUCUUGGUGGCGCUUUUAUAUCAUUUUUUAAACUUGCAUGGACAACGGCCUCGUUUUUGGUAUGGCUUCUGAGUGGAACCUUCUGAAUUAUAGAUCUCAGGCUGAUUAUCUCAAGGACUGAACUGGAUUAAGGCCUGGAUGAGUUUUAUUGGACCGUAAAUGAGGAAACAUCCGUGGGCUCUGAAGCGAGCCUGAAGAAUUUGCAGUUGUUUUUUAUUGUUCAGGUGAAACUUUCAGAGGACACCGGCUCUCCUUAGCUGCCACGGCUGUGUAAUUAAGGGGCCUAACCACAGGCCCUUGUGGCAGCUUGUAGACUCUUUGACGUUAUGAAAUUUCCAUCCUUAAAUCCCCAAUCAGAAAUUGCCAAACUAACUCAGUGUCUUGCUAGUUGUAAGGGCCAUGGUGUUAUUUAAAUACCUGACAUCGAAGUACCUAAAACAUUAUCUACCAGUGGUAGCCAGUUGCAUGACUGGAGCUGCCCACAUGUAUUUUCUGCCCUAACAUCGUCUUAAGUGCAAUUCAACAGGACCGUCUUCUGUUUGAGAACUUUUAGAAGCGACAGACAGAAUAAGAGGUGGGCUUUCCUUGGGGGCGUGGGGUCAUCCGUCAGACGCAGGCACCGUUUCUGUUCAACCUCAUUUGCAGCUGGCCGUGACGGGUAGGGCACUGGUGUGUUCACUUGAUUUGAAAGCAAGCCUGAAGCUGGGCUACGUGCGCCACUCCAAAUGGAGCACACAACUAGUGGACUUUAUAGGCCAUGUCUGUUGUUUGUGUUUUCCGAUUAGCGGCCUGCAUUUGAUCGACGCGCUUCUCACUUGCGGCUCGUAUAAUUGUAGCAGAGUAGAUAAUGAAACAAAGCCCCGUUUUGGCUUGUGAUAUCAAUAUAGGAGUAACCAUACAAAAGUAUGUAAGAAAGCCAUGAUUUUCUGGACAGAAUAAUUAGAAUAAUUGGAAUAAAUGUGACAGGGAAAUGAACCACACUUUAACGCCACCCAAUAUGUUAAGACUAAGGACAAUGGUGUGGCUGUGAACUGCCGGUUCUUAUCCGUCAAGCUCCUACACGGUGAACUGUACUAAGGCUUGAAAUAACAAACCAGCAACAUACUUGCUGAUACUUCAUCAAAGGAUGUUUGCCAUCAAAAGCUAUGACUAAGGCAGGAUGUGUUAAUUAUACAUUUUAGGAGUCAACCUUUUUUUAAUAGUUUUUAUCUCUUGAAAAAAUGCUAAUUUCUACAAAGUUAAUGCAGCUUCCACUUUUUGCCACUAGUGUAAGCAGUCAUGACAGCAAGCAAAACACCGGAAUAUAUUUCAUGUUAACAUUUGAAAAAGCAAUUUCCCUCCAACAGCUAUAAAGUGAGAAAUUCAAUGCCAUAUUAAUCUCUUUGUAAGAACAUUGAAGAGAUUCCUAUUUAUUUUUUAUAGGUUGCAUUGCAAAACAAAUAUAAAACCCACAGAAAUGCUAAAAUUUAUACAUAUGAACAGCACACAGGUAGGAUGAAAAUGGGGUUAGUGCCAUACUCACUCUAUACUAAGGGGUUAACCUUUACAAGGUUCCUACCUGUUCUAGGCAUCCAUACAGCAGAGCUGGUGGAGUAUGUAAUACAUGGCCUGAUAUUUUACAACUUGUCUUUAAAUAAUAAAGGCCUUGGUACUUUUCUACAAAGAAGCACAUUUACCUUGGUUUACAUUUUUAGACUGUAAAUUAUUUUCGAUGCCAAGCUUGUUUUUAACAAAGCUUUACAGCUGUGCAUUACUUAAAAUACUGAGCAACAGCCCUGCCCCCAAUAAAACUUGUUCACAAGGCUUUGCA